AUGGAGAGGCCCAAGAAGCAGUCCAAGACAGGCGACACCGGAGAGCAGACUGUCGGUGCGCCUGGGUUCGAGGGAGGAAAGGAGAUCGAAAGCAGCGCACAGUCUGUCGAUGUCGAUGAUCUGAGACCAGGAGGGCUGAAGUGGACCAACAUCAUCCUAUCCAAGGAGAACGGCAGACUGGGGAGGAGGGUCAAGGAUCUGGAGCGCAUUACUCGCCAAUAUUAUCAGGACAUCCGGGUGUUGAAGGGGAAGGACAUCGCCGAGCAGGAGUAUUGGGAGUCAAAAGUCGCGCGCGAGUUCAAUGUCGACGACGAGGUCAUACUCUGGCGCAAACCCGAGCGAAAGGGGACAGGGUUCGACGACCGAGAUGAAUGGUGUCAUGAUUUCGAUGUUUGGACCGUCCUUGGACCGUCUACAACGAAGUCAGAUCACUACGUCCUUCGAAACUCGUACACCGAUGAAGAGGAGCACGAACAACCGGCUACGAACAUGGUGCUUGCGCCACCUCUUCUCACGAAAAAUGGGCCCUCUAUUUAUUUGAAUGGGGAACUGGUGGACCUGAGGGCGGUGUACUUCUAUGACAUGGAGGAAGGCACCAUCGAGCAAGUCAGAUUUGACGUUCAGUUGUCCAAUACUGCGCUGGAGGUUCGCGAUCGGACGCCGCCUCCCCGAAAAUCCGUCUGA